AGGGGAACGAGGAGCGGGGAUGUGAGGACCGAAGGGGCUGAGAGGGAUGAGGGGAAAGAGGAGCGGGGAUAUGAGGACCGAAGGGGCUGAGGGAGAUCAGUGAGAUGAGGGGAACGAGGAGCGGGGCUGUGGGGACCGAAGGGCUGAGGGGAACGAGGAGCAGGGUUAUAAGGACCGAAGGGCGGAGGCCGCUCUGCGCUUCCCUCCCGCUGCCGCCACGCGCCGCCCUCCGCCGGCAGGAGCCCGUCCGCCACGCCCCCACCGCCCCGCCAGGGGGCGCUGCCCCUCCCGGGCGGCGCUGAGGCUGCCGGGAGCCGCCAUCUUCUCGGAGAGCGCUGCCGAGAGCGGCUCUGGCGCCGGGGACCGGACGGGUCGGGAUGUGCACGGACUUCUUGAUGAAGAAAAAUGCAGUGUGAAAAUACUUCUCAAAAUGCCAUGUUGGGAUGAAGGUGAUGACUGUCAAUUUGUGGUUCUUGCACAGGACCUGCUGAAAUCUAAAGGAGAGCCCUGUUUAUGAAGAGAUGAUGUGUAAUGUCCCACAGAACUCAGAAGCUUGUGCCUCGGCAGACACUGAUGGUGCCCAGGAAUGGGCACAGGAACACGACCGACAGGGAACUUUUGUUGGGUUUCCACAGGGCUGUCCUGUUUCGGUGUCAGCUCUAGCACAAGCUGGCUUUAUUUAUACUGGAGAAGGUGACAAAGUGAAGUGCUUCAGUUGCCAUACAACUGUUGAAGGAUGGGUGCCUGGGGAUUCUGCACUUGAGAGACACAAACAGCUUGCCCCCAACUGCAAGUUUAUUACUGAAUUUGCUUAUCUGGAAAAUAACAUGGAUCCUGUUGCCCAGAACUCUGAGAAUAGAACUGAAAACGGUACCAGCGAUUCAGCCCUCCCAUGUGCUCUGGAUGACCCUGAUGUGGAGGCAGAUUACCUUUUGAGAACUAGGCAGGUUGUGGAUAUGUCAGAUACUUUGUAUCCUAAAAACCCUGCUAUGUGGAGUGAAGAAACAAGAUUAAAGUCUUUUCACAACUGGCCCCUCAAUAGCCAGUUGACACCACAGGAAUUAGCUAAUGCUGGAUUUUAUUAUACAGGUGUUGGUGACCAAGUGGCAUGUUUUUGUUGUGGUGGAAAAUUGAAGAACUGGGAACCCACUGACAGAGCUUGGUCAGAACACAAGAGGCAUUUUCCCAAAUGCCUUUUUGUCCUGGGCCAGGAUGUUGGAAAUGUUUCAAGUGAAUCUAUUCCUGCUGAGCUUGGCAUAAGUGGUCUGAACAAUGCACAGCACCCAAGGAAUCCCUCUAUGGCAAAAUAUGGAAAACGUUUACAAACAUUUUUAUCGUGGAUAUAUCCUGUUGACAAAGAGCGACUUGCAGAAGCUGGAUUCUAUAGCAUAGGUAAUGGUGAUCAUGUUGUGUGUUUCCAUUGUGGUGGAGGAUUGCAAGAAUGGAAGGAAAAUGAAGACCCUUGGGAUCAACAUGCUAAAUGGUUUCCUGGGUGCAGAUUUGUGAUCAAGGAAAAGGGGAUAGAAUUUAUAAAUAAUGUUCACUUAAGAGAUGGAUGUAGAGAUUCAACAACAAAAGCUGCUGAAGGGACAAUACUUCCUAAAGACCUCAGUACUGAAGAGAAGUUAAGACGGUUGCAGGAAGAGAAGCUCUGUAAAAUCUGUAUGGCUAAGGACGUGUCAGUUGUUUUCAUUCCCUGUGGUCACCUAGUUGCCUGUAAGGAAUGUGCUCGAUUACUUAAUGAAUGCCCUCUGUGUCGUACAGAUAUUAUGAAAAUACAGGAAAUUUUUAUGUAUUAGUGAAAUGCACAACACUAUGGAUGCAAAUGUUUCCUGUUUAAAUACUUUAAAAAUGUGUAACAUAAUUGAAAAAAUGUAGUUAAUUCCAGAAUGUAACCAUAUGGCAGGAUUUAGAUUUUUCUGCUGUCAAACUCUACACAUUUUAACACUUUACAAAUUAUUUUCCUUUAAGUGAAUUUUUGUAUGUAAUAGCAGUAUGUAUCAAAGGCAAAUAUGUAUAUUUUGUAACUUCAGUUGAUAGACCUGAUAUGGAAAGCCUAAGUAAUGUAAACCUUUAUUUAUGUGAUCAUUCCUUUGCUUCACUUUGUUGGGACUCUGUAUCACUGAAGUUUGUGCAAAUAGAGUUGUACAAAGAGCCUGUUCCUAUAUAAAAUUUGUAAAUAAGUUAAUUCAAAAUAUAAUUGUACACAUGUAUGUUAUACCUGAGAUUUUAGCUUUUUAAAAGUUAUGUAGGAUUGAAAAUAGUCCUUUUUUCCUGUAACUUUGGUUGUGACAUAAGUCAAACAAUACCAUAAACUUGCUGCUGUAAUAUUAUGGUUACUUCUGCUACUUUGUAGAUUUGUAUGUUUUAAUUUAAUUCCUGUCUCUGUAUCUAUUUUUCUGGUUCAGAUGUGUAAAUUGUCUUCAGUAAACUGGUUUUAGCUAUCUGUUUUUCACAAAGAUCCAUCUUUAUAUAAAAUGUACAUUAAUUUUAAUUAUUAAAAGAGAACUCUAAAGAAAUGAAGGAGAUUUUAUGUACCCUGUGCUCUUCAUGAGAGUAGGCUGAUUUUAAAUUUGCCCCCUACACAAAAAGAUGUUCAGUUUGGCAUUUUUCUUGGGUUUUUUUGGUUUUUUAACACCACGUCAUCCCAUCUGAUUUAUUUAUCUGCUAAUGCUUUGCACUGCUUUGUAUUUUAUAUUUUCAUAGGAGAAGAUUAAACUUUAUCACCAGAAAAUGCUUUUUAAAAGAAGCAGUGUUAGAAAUCUCAAUAGCAAUGUUAGAAAUAUUUCAUUUUUGUUCAUGUCAGUUUGCAUCAUUUAAAUUUAAAAGAUAAGAACUAUUCUAAUGAGAGCCACCUUAAAAUACUUAAACUAUUUCUUAAACUGAUCCUCCAUUUCUGAUUUUGAAAGUAUCACAGCUUUGUAUUUAAGUCCAGCUGUUUUAUGAUCACUGCUUAAUUAGUCACUUCUUUUUUUUGUGAAACUACUGAUACCUUCUGUAUAUAUAUUUUUGAGUUCUACACACUAAAGUUUCGAAUAUAGAAUAUACAGAACAUAGUUUUUCAGGUUAUAAAAGUUUUGAAUACACAGAAAUAUAUUAUCUACUUUUUCUAUUUUUUUAAAUCUGUGCUGUGUAAAGGCAUUAAUAUUUAAAAUAAAGUGCAACCCAGAUGUUCCUUGAUCAGUGUAUUUGAUUCUCACAUUAAAAAAAAUAACAGAA